CUUCCGGAAGUAGCGUAUCCUGUUACUUCAACUAGCUCUGGCUGAAUAUAGAUCAUUAGGCAUAAAAUGUAUAACUAAACAAUUCAGAUAGUUUUAUCAUCGCAUAUUAGAUGUUCUAGCUUACGGAUCCAAGAAGAACGAUUAUACGAUGUAAACUCAGAGAAUAACAACUAACUGGAGACGCGGUGAAUUUAAUCCAGGUUACAUCAUGGCUGAUGACCCUCAGAGAAACUUCCGCUCUGCGUAUUAUGAAAAAAUGGGCUUUAGAGGAGUGGAAGAGAAGAAAUCACUGGAAAUACUUCUUAAAGACAACCCGCUUGAUCUAGAGAAACUCAGUACCUUCAGUCAGAGGUUCCCUCUCCCCUCCAUGUAUAGGAUUCACGUUUGGAAAGUGCUGUUGGGAAUCCUUCCUCCUCACAGUGACUCCCACUCUUUGGUUGGAGGCUACAGGAAGGAGCAGUACCAGGAUGUCAUGACUGCUUUGACGGUGAUGAGGUACAUCAACCCAUCUACACCCUCCACUCACAUCUACCUGCGCAUGUUCCAGCUGGAGAGCCAAGUUCUUCCACGAUGCUCUGAGAUCUUACCGCCGGAUGAGCAGAAUGAAGACUUCCUGGCCAUCAGCAGAGCCAUGGAGGAGAUAGUUGAUGAUCCCAUCGACUGCUAUUGGCUGAUCAAGUGUUUCAUUAAUCAGUUCCACACCAAGUUUGGAGACUCGCUUCCUCACCUUAUACCUCAGGAAAACACCGAUGCUAUUGUCACUAAGGCCAUCGAUUUGUGGCAGAAAUACUGCGGCAACCCAAACCACGCCCCGUAGCUGGAUGGAUCCAACAGGACCCCCACAUCUUCUACUGAACUGAGGCCAAAGUUCAUCUGUGGCCUUGUCUGAUGAGGAUACCAGAAACUUUAUUUUUAUCUGUUCCAGCUCCCAUCUAGGAACAUUCCAGACCUUCAAAGGAAGGACAAGUGAAGUUGGAAUGAAGGCUGUAAGGAGCUAGCAAACAUUUGGGAUGUGGAUUUAAUACUGAUGGGG